AUGAAGAUUGUCUUUCCUGCUCUCUUAAGCCUGCCAAUUGGAGCCCUUGCAGGCUCUGCCCAGUGGUGCCAUAUAGUUAAUUCUGAUGUGAAAGUCAAUUGUCGGGCAGGGCCGCACCUCAAUUCCAGGGUCGUCCGCACCCUGAGCCCAGGCGAAAAUUUGUACUUUGGGUGUUACAAGCGGGGAGACUGCUAUAAAGAUAACUGUACGUGGGACCAUCAAAUAAACCCGGGGGGCAAGGGCGAUUGUUAUGUGAAUGGCUAUUUCACUGAUAACCAUUGUACCAUGGGUAAUACAACAUAUUCUCUUUGCAGUUGUCUUAGUUAUUGCUGA